GAAAGUCCGAUCCGAUAUUCUCCGAAUAUUCGGGACAUCUCGAGAACCUCUACUCAUCAUCAUAUGGGCCAAGAACGUGAUCAUUUUGCGUGGAAAAUGUGGCAAGUGUGGCAACCUGCGAAAUCCUGACCAUCGCCAAUUUCGCUCUACCCUUCUCUCCGUAUUUAAUGUGUGUGACCCCAUCCAUGUGUUUGUCCGUGUGCUAAGUAAUUGUUGUCCUUCUCCAAGUAGAUUGUACCCUCACAUUCACCAAUCAGCCCCCACGUGUAUACUCUUAUCGUGUGCUGUGUGUCGUGUGCCCCUCACCUUCUUACAUACAUACUCUAAUUCUUCACCUGCACUUCUCACCCUAAAUAAUUGUGCAUUAUUUUUCUUGUCAUUGUUGAUGUCUCGGAAGAAAGUUCUUCAUCUUUCACUCUCGCUCUCUCUUUCUAGCCCUCUUUCACUAGCUGUGAUACGCUCCGUACAUUAAAAGACACACAUUUGUGCCACAUGAACCCUUUUUUAACCAACCAAUUCCAUAAGUUACCCAUUAAAUGUGAACCUUAGAAGUUCCUUCAACGCGUUGUUGUCAUCAUCAACAUGACCACGAAGGAUCGGCACGGAUUGGACAUCAAGUCGGGCAACAGCAACAACAAAUGCUCUGUACAUACGAUGGAAUGGAAGAGCUCUGCACUUGUUGCUCGCUGUAGUGAUAAUCUUCUUCAUGCAACAAAGUAUUAAAAUUUUUGCCAAAAUACGCCCUGCUUUGUGAAGACUUUAUUAGAUUUUUAUUUCCAAGACGUUAAUUAUGCAUCGCUAAACAUGCACAACAGUUCAUGAACACAAAUUAGGAAGAAAGCGUUUAAUCCGCAUAAUGGAAGGAGCAAGUGUGGUCGGACCCUUAUUGCAAAUUAGCAGUAGUGAUUGCUGCAUGGUUUGGUUUCUGAAGCAGAAAACGAAACGGUUGCUGUUAGAAUUUGCACACAAGAGUGCUACUGGGAUUUAGGCUGAUGACGAUGAAGCGGGGAGGUUGAUGCUGCUGCUGAGAGCAACAAUGAAGACGAAGCAUCCGAAGCCGGACCGGAUUUCGAAGUCGGUGGAGAGCGAUGAUGACGAGGUUCUAAUGCAACCAAGUGGUGGUACAACUUGAAAAGAAAUCCUGCCUGCCCAAGAAGAAGAAGACGAAGAGGAAGAUGUAGAUGAAGAUGAGUCCAACGAUGAGAACAACUUGGAAAAAAGACGACCCGACUCUGUUUCUCGCUUGCAUCUCCUUCCCCUGCCUGGCUCCAAUAAGAAUAACCCCAGUCACCACAGAACACGAGCAGCAAUAAGAAGCAGCCCCAUACACAGCCACGCUUCACAACAACCCGAUCCGAAAAUCGCAGAUUCUUCAGAGCCAGCCAGCAUAGCAGUUAUCCUGUUGGCACACGUCGUCCUCGAGCUCCUCCAUCUGCAUCAAGGCAUAACCUCUGACUACCCUUUUUCGACAAAAACUGACCCCUCCACCACCACCACCACCACCGGAAAGAGCCAGAGAGGAAGCCUCGUCCUCCUCUUGCGGUCAAGUGCUGCGACACUACACGUGGUCACACACACUUUGUUCAACUUGUAUCUGCUCAACUACAUAAUGCCAACUUUUUUUUAGCGAGGGCGACGCCAAGGCAAAAAUAAGAAUAAGAAUUUAGUCAGCCAACUUUUCAACCAGAGAUUGUCUAGUAAUGGGUGGUACAAAUUAUUAGGUAGGUACUGUUCUCGAGCAAUAAUUAGUGGUGCAUCACAAAACGAAACACAAAGUGCUCAGAGAGUCCCUAUUUAAGGAAAAACAAAAACGUUCUCAUUCUCCAGUGCCUCUACACAUGCAACAAAUCUGUGCAAUUAUUGUUAAGCAGCCAAAAUAGUAAGACAGUGAGAUUUUGCCAACAAAUAUAAGUCUCCUCAUCAACUCCAAUGUGAUUUUUUGCCGGUACUACUAAAUAUGAAGACAAGUUUAAUGCUAAGUCAACCUCUCGGUGCCUACACAUUUUGAAAUCAUCCGUAUAGUAUUAUUUUACUAGCAGUGUGAUUGAUCAUGUCCAAAAAAAUAAUGUGAACACGAUAACGACGACGACUUUUAAGCAUCGCUGGUAGCAGUGGGCGACUGAAAUCAAGAACUUCGCAAGUGCACACACACCAAUCACCACCGGUAGUGGAAACGAAUCUACCUUGGUGGUGGGCAAGUCGAAAAGAUAACUAGAGAAAGGAGCGAUUAACCUCCUCCUCCUCUCGCGUCCGAAACUCUAUUGUGGAGGGGGGCCAAACAAUCACUUUGCUGCCAAUGGGUCUGGAUGAAUUCCAUCCAUUUAUCGAAGCGCUGUUACCAUUCGUGAAAUCAUUCUCAUACACCUGGUUCAAUCUCCAAGCUGCCAAACGGAAAUAUUUCAAGAAACAUGAAAAGAGAAUGUCCCUCGACGAAGAGCGGAGAUGCAAGGAAGAGCUCCUGAACGAGAAAGUGGAGGUGAAGCAGAAAUGGGCGUCCAGACUGUUGGGGAAGUUGAGGAAAGACAUUACGCAAGAGUGUCGCGAGGACUUUGUGCUCUCCAUCACGGGCAAGAAACCUGCCAUGUGCGUCCUCUCCAACCCCGACCAGAAGGGAAAGAUGCGACGGAUCGACUGUCUUCGUCAAGCGGACAAGGUUUGGAGAUUGGACCUCGUGAUGGUGAUCCUCUUUAAGGCGAUCCCUCUCGAGAGCACGGAUGGUGAGCGGUUAGAGAAAUCUCCAGAAUGUCUCCAUCCCGGCCUUUGUGUCAAUCCUUACCACAUCAACGUUUCCGUCCGGGAACUGGAUCUAUAUCUCGCCAAUUUCAUUAACAGUCACGAUGCGAUGAGCGGGAUGGGUGACAAUAACAACGAGAAAGAUGACGACAGGGGGUUCAAGGGGUAUCCACACAAUCCGUACAACGGGGUGGUGUGCAAUGACACGAUAUUGGCCACCGGAGUUUUUUCAUCCAAGGAGCUCUUCUACCUGUCCAAAGGUUCCCAUGCAGCGUCCAUUGUCCAGGGACCAAACGGACUGCAGCCCACAAUCAAGAUUGAGAACAGUGGCAACUACUACAGCAACUGCUACACCCCGCCAGGUCCGGACCACUCGGUCCUCAUGGGCUCAGGGACGUACAGUCCGCUGGCACUGCCCCGAAAUCUACCUAGUCCCACGACGGAACAUAGAAGCAAACGGCGAAGACUGAGUUCAGAGGAGGACCCGCUGGACGUGGGCGGAGGUCGAGACAAGAACAACGAGGUGACCUAUUAUGGUCAGAGCCCUGCAUCUCUCUCCAGUCAAGCCAGUUGGCAUUCUGAAGUGGACCAUGGCGGACCUCAUCACCACUCGCGACACGGUCCCUCCAACAUGGGCGGGAGUGGGUCUUCGUCCAGUAAUGGUCACCCCCACUCGAUGCACCACCCGCAUCACAAUUUGAGCCAUCCACCCCAUGCUCACUCCGGCUCCAACAAGUCUGACUUGGGGCUGAAAUCUCAGGGUAGGCUUAGUAGUAGUUCUUCCAGUGAGACGGAUCCUUCCAGUCCGUUGGGUCUCAUCAGCAUUCGUCAGCAACAACAGUCUGGAUUGAAUCAGCAUUCGACGGUGACUACAUUGGGUUCCAGUGGGUUGACAGGUGGCAGUGCAGGCACUUCCUACUAUCACGCGGACGGGAGUCAUGACCAUCACGGGAGUCCGGCCAAGUACCAUGAAAAUGGACACGACACCUUCUCUGAUUUUGUCACUCUGGUGUGUCAAGAAGCUCAAAGCGGUGGUGGUAGCGGAGGUGGGGGUGGUAGUCAGGGAGGACGUGUAAGCAGUAAGCUGUCGGCUUACUACACCAGCGCGAUGCCACCACCCUCAGCCCCCAUGGCUCGACCUGUAACCAUCAUUCGGUCGACGGACAUGGGCAACUCGGGUCUUGGAGGAUCACCACCCUCCUCGAAUACACCGCCGCCACUUAGCAACGACUCUGGCGGGAGGGAUUCUCGCGGAGGGGGCGGCUCACUCAGUCCGUCGCAAGGAAACGAUUCCUCGCCUUCGCCUCGGUCAUCGUUUCCUGUGUCGCGGGACUACUCUUUGAGUCAUCUCCAUUCGCAGUCCUCAGGACAGGUUCACUACUUGUUCAGCUACAGCAACAUUACACCUCCGAGUGGCAUGAGUGGCGUCAUUUCGCCGACCACAAACCUUAGUUUGUUCCCGUCGUCGUCGGGUGGAGGAGGCGGAUCUGGGAGAGGGUCGAGGUCAACACCGUUGCCCAGAUGGAACACCCCGUUCAUAAGUUUGGAUGAAAAUAUAGAUUACACGAUGGUGUCUCCACUCAUGCCAGGACCGGCGGAGCCAAACACGGCAACUCUGAUUGAUGAUGAGCGAUACUUCGUGGUGCACGGGGGCAGUGACAGUCUUGACGGUGGAGGUCCUUCGGGUGGGACGAUUCAGCUCGGCAACGGGAGUCAUUCAGUCAUCAGCGGUGGACCUCCAUCGCCUCCACCCCAUCACCACGUCCUGCAUCACUCCUCAAGUCCGCCACGGAUGUCUUCCACGCCCAACGGGAACGACGGAGGCCCCAGCAACAAUAACAGUAAUAACUCCAACAGCAAUAACACUCCUCCAUCCGGCCAGAAGACAUAGUACUCUCCACAUGCAAAAUUGCCUAUACCUCGUCCUCCUCCUCCUCCUCUUGUAAAUACAGAUGAAGAAGAUGAAGAAGACGAAGCAGAGAUGAGACGUUCUCCUCAUUUUUAGCAACAAAAUCCACCCCCUCUUCCCGUUUAUUUAGUCAUUCACGUGUGUAGAAGAACUUAAAAAAAACUACUCAACAACCACGGAACGUGUUGAAAUGGAGUAACGUAGAAUAUUCUAAGAGUAACUUAUUUCCUCAGAGUAAAUGAAUGGAUGAAUGUCAAGAACAGAAUCGACGAUAUGACAGUCGUCUCACUUACAUUAUUGGUAAUUAUGAUUAUAAAAAGCUGCGACAAAAUCUAUUUCUCCGUCAACCCUUCUCUCAUCACACUCUUGUAGCGAGUAGAAUCUCAGGGUCUUAUUUUUUAUCCAGAUUGAUUGAACUUAUUCAAAAUUUAAUUUGUGACUCUGAAACAAAUCAUAAAAUUUACACUCUAUUUCAAAAAUAUUCUUUGAUUAGAAUCCAUACAAAUUAAAAACUCGUCAUUUCAUCCUCAUCUCUUAAGUCUGUCAUUUUUUAAGUAGUUGAUGUCGUCCGUCAGAUAAGAUCUCAUGCCAUUAAAAAAAAUGUGGAUUGUCCGUAGAAGAGUUCUUUCUAGUACUUGAUUUUAUGUUACGUAUGACUAAACAACCCAUCAUGAUUUAUGAUUUUACAUGUUGGCCAGUUAGCUCGGUCUCUGAACUCAGUAGGUAUUUAUUCAUUCAACUAAUUAAUUAAUUAAUAGUGACAACCGUUUAGUUGACAAUUAUAAAAAUUGCACACAAACACAUACAAAUAUUUGUAGCCUUCUCUCUCCAAAUAUAAAUAUAUAUUCGUACAUAUGUAAUGAUGAUGACGACGAAUAUGCACCAGACAACUCACUCAAAUUCUAAAGGUCCCACAGAAGAAGCCAGGAGAAGAAAUUAUUUUUUUACGUAUGAAUUUUGAACGUAGACUAUUCGACAAUUAUUCAACAUUUUUUGUAGUGCGUAGUAAACUCGUUAGUGGAGUGGGCAACAGAACAAUUUUUUAAUAGUGUACCAAUCCAAGAUUGCAUUAGUAGGGCAGUUUUUACUCAAAAAACGAGACACAUUAUUCUCCAACCAACCCGUAAAUAAAGGCAUCGUCCCCCACGAUGCUAAAUGUUUUCAUUUAAAAAAUGAAACCCAAUUGUAUAGACCACUCGUAGUUAAAAAAGACACUUUUUAAUUCUUAAUAAAUACUUGGGACGGCAGCGACGCGGAUUGAUCACACUCGCAGAACAAUAUAAACACUGUGACAUUUGCAGCUUUAAUUUGAGACAGUACUAAAUAAGUAAAACGUAAAUAAAUACUAAGUAGAUAAGCGUAAUACAAAAUGGUGCGUAAUAAGUAGACAGCCGCGACUACUACUAAAAGGUAAAUAUUGAACUACGAUAUGGUGGGAUGGACAGAAUUUUUAAAAAUAGUAAACUCAAUUUCAGCAAUACUUACUAAAUAUGAACCUAAAUAUGCCCCAGUAACGGUGACACGGUGACAUUAUUUUACCUCUCACCACACACGAGACUCACACAAUAAUAAUUAUUCAUUACUCUGAUAGCGUAGGGUUUACGUAGUAGGUUAGUCGUCAUCGCGUCAGUGCAGGGUCGAAAUCUCCUCCACUGAUCUAUACACGAUGACGAUAAGGAUGGUUAGAAGGUAAUAAGUACAGAAACCGUAUGUGAUAAGAAUCUAGUUGUUAUCAUAUUUUUUGUGACGGGAGAAACUUUACUCUAGAAUUUAGCAAAGAAUUUAAAAGGGGACGGACAACCUUUCAUGCAAACGAAGAAGAAAGCCUUAUUGCGUCCUUGUGAAAGUGACGAUGAAAGUAAAUGACAAUUUUCAUGCUGAAAUUUUUAAUUUAUAGAAACCCUGCAGUAUGUAAAUCUUAUUAGGUAGCGUAUGUAUUUAAAUCGUUGUUGCUGUUUGUUAUUGUUAGUUAUUGUUGUUGUCGAUGAUAAUGAUGAUGAUAAUGAAUGAUAUGCCCACACUGGUCACCACCCUCCUCCCCUUUAAACAAGGUGCUCACAUGUACUUCUUGGUCGUUGCUGUUGUGCUUAUAAUUUUAUUAGUCAUUGAGAAAAAGUUGUGAGUUUUAAAUAGCAUGGUCACGCCGAUUACUUGCUUAAUAAUAAUACCCGUAGAACGUAGCUAAAUGCAAUGUUUGGCUGUUUUUUCUAGUUGAUUUGAUAACGUAGGUAGAGAAAAUAACGUGUGUUUUAUGUAGCAAAACAAAAAUCGUGAACGCGAGGAAUAUGGAUUCAGUACAAUAAUUGAUGAUCUUAGUUAUUUGAUAUUAAUCAACUCUUAUAGUUAUGUAGAAACGAUGCAUGGAUUAUAAAUAUGAAUAUUAUGAUUCGAUAUUAUUGUUAUUAUUAUUAUUAAUUAUCCUCAUUCAUGAUCCUCGAUCCUCUGCAUUGCUUGCUUUUAUAAUAACACUUAACUUGAGCUCAGCACCAGCCAACAUUACUUAUCAUGUGCAUGACACGCUCUCAAAUUGGAAGGAUUUUGUUAGAAAUGUACAUACUUAAUGACAACAAAUUAUGCACGUUUGCAUGCAAUUUAGGCUACAAUAUAAUUAUGAUUAUGAUUAUGAUUAAACACAUAAGUACUUAAACUCCGUAUUGGUUGAGCAUCCUUAAAUUAUUACGUACACCACCACCACCACCGUCAACACUGUAAAUAAUUACCACACCGUAUCUAAAAUAUUAUCAAAUAGUAGAAAAAAGAACAAGUAGCCAAGAAGACAUGACGAAGCGUGUCGAAUUUUUAAAAAGUGCGAUUUUGUUCCUUCUCUACAUACAAUAUGACAACUAUGUAGCGCUUUAAUUUAAUUAUGCUGUAUUUAUUAUAAUUAUAAUUAUUGAUGAUGGAAAAAUCAACCCGUGGAAAAUUGAAAAGUUGUUAUAAUUAUUAUUUAUCAUUACAUUACUUACUUACGUUCGUUAAUUCUUGUUGAUGCUGUAGUAUGUAUGUAUACGGGUGCGUUGUUGAGUUAUGGGCACGAUGACAUAGCUCCCAAAUUAUUUAUCAAUCAUCAGCCAUGCAAACGUUAACAAUAAAAAAUGACUUGUCUAAGUUUG